CGCAAGAGGAAGAAGCUUCUACGAUCACAUCCGUUAGUUUCCAGUCCACGUUUACACCGUGCGCGUCUAAUAUGGCUCGCAAACGCCAUGCACACUGCACCUGCAAAAAUAUACAGAGUCGGAGUAUAACAGACAGUGUCGGUAGUCAUAGUGAUACCUCAGGGCAUACUACAGUCACAUCUCAUCAAGUGCAGAGACCAAGAAUGGAUGUUGUGUGUGUCAUUGAUGUGCACCAACCAGAACAUCUGGCUCAUAGGAAACGGGCUUUAGAUGAAGUACGACAAGCCUGUGUUUUGGUGAAUGCCAACAUGAACCACAUCCAGUUUGAGAAACUUGACUUUGGUGAGACUAAUGUGUUGGAUACAUUCUACAAUGCGGAUGUUGCGGUCGUUGAUUUAUCUGUCCAACUUCAACAAAGUGCCUUAUUCUAUCAUCUUGGUGUACGAGAGAGUUUCGGAAUGAAAGAGAAUAUACUUCUGUAUAAUGAUUAUGAUACAGAAGCAACAUUGAGACUGAAGAUAUCAUGCGGCAGCUACACAUUUGUGUCUUACCGGUUAGUGGAAUUCGGAACGUGCGUCACCACAAACCCGACUCCUGUCAGUGUCCCUGGAGUGGAGAAUCCAGUGGACCCCAAACAGCAUCUUACUAUUAAACUGAAGAAGUUGUUGCAAGAUGUUGAGGUGCAGUCGAAGGCACACAUGAAGGAGAAAUUUCUGUCGGACUUGCGCAAGGCAAGAGAGUUGUAUUCUGGUGAUGAGUUAGCGAAGGCUCUUCAUAAUAUGAGGAAACGACUGGACGACCCCAAUGUCUUGUCUGGAGAAGUGGUACUGAAUGUCCUUAUUUCAUUCAGAGAAAUUCAAGAUUAUGAUGCCAUGGUACAGCUGGUUGAUGAUCUGAAAACAAUUCCGAAUAAAAAAAAUUACAUCAGCACACCAGCCAUCAGAUAUCUUUAUGCAUUUGCCUUGAAUAGGCGGAACAAAGAAGGAGACCGGGAAAAUGCUCUCCGCGUAAUUGAAAAAGCACUUGAGAAGAAGGAGAACCACGUUCCUGAUAUGUUGUGUCUGUGUGGACGAAUUUACAAAGACAAGUUUGUGGAAUCGCGCCAUACAGACGAAGACAGUCUCAAAAAUGCAAUUCGCUGGUACCGGAAGGGUUUUGAGGUACAACCCAAUGAAUAUGCUGGUAUUAAUUUGGCGACAUUGCUGGUUAUCGCAGGCAAUGAGUUUUCAAAGUCGGAAGAACUUCAGCAUAUAGGUAUGGUACUGAACAAUUUAAUAGGAAAGAAAGGUAGUUUAUCAUCCCUUCAAGACUACUGGGAUGUUGCUACAUUCUUUGAAAUUAGCGUUCUUGCUGAAGACCAUUCUAAGGCAAUACAGGCAGCAGAAUGUAUGUUCAAAUUGAAACCACCUAAUUGGUACCUGAAAUCAACAAUAGGCAACAUUUCACUGAUAGAUCGCUUUCGCAAGAACGGAGAUUCGGAAGCGUCUCCGGAACAACAAGUGUUUCAGUUUUGGGUUGAGUACUUCGUAGAAGCAACUAAGACUGAAGUUGGGGACUGUAUUCGCUUUCCUAUGCUGGUUUUAGAACCAACAAAAAUCCUCAUGCCUAGCUAUGUUAAUGUGAAUCUAGGGGCUGAAGAGAAAUCAGUUCAGAUUUGGAACUUGUGCUUAGACAGUAUGAAGGGGAGCUGCCGUCAAGUUCACGAUUGGUUGUUCACAGCCAGCAUGAUUCGCAGUGUGAGUUUGUACAAGCGUGAUGAGAGAUGCUUGUUCCUGUAUGUUCACCAAAAUUCAGAUGACUUUCAAAUGUUCCUACCAUCAGCCCAGUAUCGUCAACGAUUCCACAGUCUUAUUCUAGAGAUGACAGCUGAUCAGGAAGGAAUGGUCACGGAUUUGGACUCUGAUCCAUCUACUGAUCAAAUGAAAUUUGAAUAUGAGUUGGAUGACGUGGGGAAGAGGAUUAUCCUGGGGAAAGGCACAUACGGUGUUGUAUAUGCUGCCAGAGAUUUAAAUACUCAAGUUAGGAUUGCUGCCAAGGAGAUUCCAGAGAAAAAUCUUGGUGAUGUUCAGCCAUUACAUGAGGAAAUUAAACUUCAUUCACAGUUGAGGCAUCGAAAUAUUGUUCAGUACCUGGGAUCUGUCUCUGAGGGAGGAUUUUUCAAAAUAUUCAUGGAACAAGUUCCUGGAGGAAGUUUGUCAGCUCUUUUAAGGUCAAAAUGGGGCCCGCUUAAAGAAAACGAGUCUACGAUAUCAUACUAUACAAAACAAAUCCUGGAGGGCUUGAAGUAUCUUCAUGACCAAAAGAUUGUUCACAGGGACAUCAAAGGUGACAAUGUACUAGUAAACACUUACAGUGGAGUUGUGAAAAUUUCUGACUUCGGAACAUCUAAAAGGUUAGCUGGCCUCUGUCCGAGUACAGAAACUUUCACUGGAACAUUGCAGUACAUGGCUCCAGAAGUGAUUGACAAAGGCCAGAGAGGUUAUGGUGCUCCUGCUGAUAUUUGGUCACUUGGUUGUACAGUUGUGGAGAUGGCAACAGGAAAACCUCCAUUUAUUGAGCUUGGAUCUCCACAAGCAGCAGUCUUCAAAGUGGGCUAUUAUAAAAUCCAUCCUGAAAUUCCAACAGAGCUUUCGGAGAAGGCCAAAAGUUUCAUUUUGUGUUGCUUUGAACCAGACGCAGACAAAAGAGCAACUGCAGCAGAGCUGCUGGAGGACACCUUUUUAACAGAGAAGAAGAAGUCGUCGCGGCUUGCAGCCCCUCAGGAGUUUAAUCGUAGUAUUUCUGUGCCUGCAGACAGAGUGGGAGGGCGAUAUGAUAGGACUAACAAUCAUGCUACUUGUCACGGACUGAACUCUCCAGACGAUACUAGUGCAGGCUUCAAUACUAAGUCGAACCCUGUGAGUGCACGGGGCCCCUCUCUGCUCUCUCCCAUCAGCAUGCCUGCAGCUCUGUCCUUUUCCAGCUUAACAACUACCUGUGAGACAGAGCCAGAAACGCCCAGUAUUACAAGACGGAGUUCCUCUGGCGGUCUUCUGUCACCCGAGGUGGAUCUGAGCCCAGGGGCCAAAGGACCAGGUGGAGCUCCUGUGCUGGGAGAGGCAGCGGAACAUGACGGCUUCUAUCUGCUGAAGAAGGACUCUCAGCGGCGAAUGACCCUUUCAAGGGUCCUUAGUCAGGAUGAACAUAAAAUUUGUGAGGUGUGGAUGAAGAACAUUUAUCGAGACGUUGGCGAAACGGUCCUUACAAUGUCACAUCUGGAGAUUGUGAUGAGAGGAAUGAGGGACUAUAUUUCUGAUCAGAAUCGGGAAGUGAUCGAAAGUGCUAUCCACACACUGAAGGAGGAGCUCGACUUUGAUGCAGCUGCUAUUAGCCAGCUCCACUUCGCUAUCUACCUCUUCCAAGAAUCUGUAAAUGUUGUAUUACGACUUCACAGCAUCAAACCUCAUUGGAUGUUUGCGUUGGACAAUCUGGUCCGAAAUGCUGUUCAGGCAGCUAUCACUGUAUUAUCUCCUGAGCUUGGAGCACACUUGGGGGGACAGGAUAAUCCUGAUGGACCCCCAGGGGAACCAACAGAGGAGGAUUCCAAAUCUGGAGUUUCAACUGUAAACUCAAAUAAAUCACAGAAGACUGUUGACAGCUUUCUUAGUUCAGCCAAGUUUCGGUUGGAAUACAGGGAACAGAUGGGCACUGUGAAAGCCGAAAACAUGAGGUUACUUCAGGAACUUCUCGACAGCCAGCGUACCUACCAAGCUCUCCUGAAGCAAGGUCUUGAAGAACACAAACUUCAGAUCCAAGUGUUAGUUCAGAUGAUGCAACAGCUAAAUUUGGUAGCUGGUGGAAUGAAGUCCCACACAGACUUAGGUUACAGUUCCCAGCAGUCUGCGUGCUCCACAAAUGAAGGCGCAUAUCCUGGAGGCCUCCUUCCACACAUCAGCAUUACCGACAGCUCAGCCGAUCCUAAGCUUAUCGAGUGGCUCCGAAGUCUGCAUCUUGAUCAGGGCUCUAUUGAUAAGUUCCUGUUUGAAGAAUACUGCCUUGAUGAUGUUUUGUUGUACCUUACUCGUGAGGAUCUCCGAAGAUUGUAUCUCAGGGGUGGAGUUGAACUCCGGGUGUGGAAAGCCGUACUGAAGUGGCGACGAGAGCACCGCCCACCUUCAAACUCUGAUCAUGCAGGAAAGAAUCACAGGGAAGGCAAUUGUAGCGAGAACUCUGGCCCAACAAACAGCCUCAAAGCUGGAAAUUCCACCCUCAACGUUGCAUACAACAACGGCCUACAGCAAACUACGAAGUGAAUAACUUCUACGGAUCCCCAAAAUACAUUCUUUCCUUCGUCGCCUUCACACAGACCAUGGGAACCGGGUGAUGGCAGUGUUUCGUGUGAUGGAGAGGAAAAUGCCGCUGACUAAUUCAAGAAACGAUGCCAUGGCUUUGUGAACACUGCGUUCACAGUGGAGACUUCAGACGUCAGAUUACAUGUAUCUAAGUGCAGUUCUAAAGUUUCAAAUUUGACUCGUUUAGAUAUAUUAAUGUAUAUACUGAAUACACUGCGUUGUAGGGAUUCAGCAGCUUUUAAUUUCAUUAAAAAUAUAUUUUUCACGCUUUCA